CAGAAGGAGCGCGAGCGCAGAGAGGAUGUAACUUCAGACCUGCAGGCAGUGGGUCAGUCUGUCGUUCAGAGAGUUUCAGUAAAACGCGUUUUCUGCUUUAACAGUAAACUCUAAUAAUGCAGUCAGUCGUGUUUUAGCUCUCUGUGGAUUUCUGAGGUGAACAGCUCAGCUUUCAGAAGAUCUGAGGAUUUUAUAAGAAGGUUUAGGAUACAAUGAUGGAGACAUCUUCAACCUCUACUCUGGUGUGGUUUCCAAACAGCACGACGGAGAUGUCUUACUUUCAGAGUAACAGCUCUAGAAACGGAUCAGAAGAAGACUAUGACUAUGACUAUGAAGACGAGCAUGCAGAACUCAGAAAGGCACUUAACAUCAUGUCAAUCAUAGUCUACUGCAUGGCCUUCGUGCUCGGAGUGGUCGGGAACGGCAUCGUAAUCUGGGUGGCGGGUUUCAGAAUGAAAAAGACGGUAAACACGGUCUGGUUUCUCAACCUGGCUGUGGCGGACUUCCUGUUUACCGCCUUCCUGCCCCUCAGCGUGGCCUACACUGCCAUGUACUUCCAUUGGCCUUUCGGGCGCUUCAUGUGCAAACUCAACAGCACCCUCAGCUUCCUCAACAUGUUCGCCAGUGUGUACAUCUUGGUGGUGAUCAGCGUGGACCGUUGUAUAUCUGUGGUGCGUCCCAUAUGGGCGCAGAACCAUCGCAGCGUCAGCCGUGCGUCCCUGUUGAGCAUCAUGGUCUGGGUUUUUGCUUUGCUGUUGAGUUCUCCCUACUUCGCCUUCAGGGACACUGCGCCAGCCCAAGAGAACGAGAACGCGAUCAUCUGCUAUAACAACUUUGCCUUCUCAGAUGACUACGAGAACGAGGAAGUGGUAAAGCUCCGUGUCUUGCGGCACCGCGCCAUGAUCAUCACGCGCUUCCUGCUGGGGUUUGUCAUACCUUUUUCCAUCAUUGUCUCCUGUUACGCAGUCAUUGUCCAGCGCCUCAAAAGGAACCGCUCCAUGUCUGGCCGCACCAGGCGCCCCUUCAGGAUAAUCGCCGCUGUGAUCAUUGCAUUCUUCCUGUGCUGGGCUCCGUACCACAUCCUGGUGCUGAUUGAGAUGGUUAACCACAUGUCAAUCGAAGAGAACUCCACCCUGGAGCAUAUCACCAUCAUCGGCAUCCCCAUCGCCACCAGCUUGGCAUUCCUCAACAGCUGCCUGAACCCACUGUUGUACGUGUUUGUUGGUCAGCAUUUUAAAGACAAGGUGCGGAAGUCUGUCCUGAAAGUUAUGGAGAGGGCCCUCACCGAAGAGGUGUCUCGCACUAACGGCUGUACAACCUCCAUGAUUACCACCAAGAGCAAGGAGCAAGCGAGCAAAUCGUUUUCCGAUAUCGAAGUAUAAGGGACAGAUGCGAGUCCUGUCUUCUUGAAGAGAAUUUGCUCUGUUGCAAUAUUGACUAUUCCUUAAAAUGUUAAGGAGAACAUCAAGUAGUCUUUGAUUUGGGUGUUUUUCCAAAGUCAAACACAUGUUGACAACUUCAAGACAAAAAGUCUUGACCUGAAGCUACAAAACUGGGACUUCUAAUGGAGCACUCUCUUACAACUUAUGCCACUCUUUGCCAUCAUAUGGACAGUUUAAAACAAAUAUGGACUCUGAAAAGAGAGAUAGGAUUUGGUCUGCUGCAAUAUUGACUAUUCCUCAAAAUUUUAAGGAAAACAUCUGAAGUAGUCUUUGAUUCAGGUUUUUUUCCAAAGUCAAAUACAUGUUGAAAAUUUACGAAAAAGUCUUGACCUGAAGCUACAAAAACUGGAACGUCUAAUGGAGCACUCUCUUAGAACUUAUGCCACUCUUUGCCAUCAUAUGGACAGUUUAAAAAACAAAUAUGAACUCGAAAAGAGAGAUUGGCUUUGGUCAUUUCUUAAAUACAAGAUAUUAUCAGUUAUCAAUUAUUUGGCAUCACUUAAACUUCACAAUACAAUUUAUACUUUAUAUUGUGGUAUGGAUAUCAUUGUAUCUGUCAUGUGCUUGUAAAGAAAACAAGUAUUGACUAAAUAUGAAACCGAUCUAGAUGGAUUUUUGUCUUCUUGUUGGGUUAAUUCUUCAUCUAUUCCAGGACUCUGGCUAAUUCCAGCUACAUAUUUCUCUUUUAAAAAUCAUUUUAGGUUGUUUUCCAACGAAGGAUUUAAGCCCAGACUACAUUAGACUACAUUUAUUUUUAAUGACAAUUUUAAUCUCCUUUCACAAUUCUGUAAAGUCCAGGACGAGGCUUAAUAACUGGGAUUCAUCUGGGAAACCAACACUUUAUGUCAACCAAGAUUCAUCAGUGUGUUUUCUACUGUCAUCUACAAAUUAAAAGGCAGCUUGUCUUGAUUAAAUCAAUUGAUCAUUGGUCUAACGGUACAGAUGGUAACAUUACUUUUAUAAAACAUUACUUUUAAUUCUGCAUUUGAGAAAGACAUUAAUAUGCUGAAAUACAGCUUCCACUGCCAUAUUUGGUACAUGUUAACUGAAAAGCUUUAUUAUAUUUUUAUAUCUUAUGUUAUUUUAUGUUUUGAAAAGUGGCACACCUGUAAAUAAACAUCCAAAAAAAUUGCCACAUUUGAAACCACUUUGGUACAGUAAAGUGCAAAAAUAAAAGUGAAAUGAGCUUUUUAUUAGGGCUGCAAAAUAUACAGAUUUAGCGUCAACAUUGAGUGCAAUGUUACAUAAGCUAAUUAAGACAUGUACAGCAUGCUUAACACGCUUAAUACAAGGGGAAAAUUCCCAGUCUCAUAAUUUUCAAAUAUUUUCAUUAACUUAACAUUAACAUUAACCCAAUAUAAUUUUUACUGCAAUCUUUAAUACACAAAAAGUAUUAUUGUCAUUAUCAUAACUAGAUCUGAUGACAAAAUCUCAAUAUAUUUAUGUCAGGUUUUCCACAACAUUGCGCACUUCUACUUUCUAUAGUGUAAAGGCCUUAGUUGGAUGUCAUUUGUUUUACCCAAAUAUGUGGAAAAAAGCAAUUAUUACAAAAGGUUGCUGGUGACUAAACACGCCGUAUUGUUUGUUCGUUUUUUUUUUUUUUUGACUGUGCAACCUCCAAACACUAGCCAAGGUACCCAUUGGAGGCUUGAAGCUUUAUUCUGUUGAUUUUGUUGUGUAGCCUACAUCCUACAUAUAUGUUGUCAACAUGUAGCAGCUAAUUUUUUACCUUAACAUUUGUAACAUUCAUUAUUUUUAUGUGGGUUAUAAAAUUAUCAUCACAUUUAUGGAGGAGACAACAGUUCAUAAAUCGAGUAGCUACUCCCAUUUCAGUUAGUUUCACAAAGAUUUAUUUUUCUGAGAAUCAUUUAUAUAUUCUUUUGACAAUACUCCACCUCCCGAUGUAAAACUAAUCCCAUCCAAAUAUUGUUUAACCCACCAGAAGCUCAGCCCCAGUUCUCUCCCCCAUACAAUCAUACUAUUCUCUCAUUAUGACUAUAUGCUAUGUUAUGUGUAACAUGUUAUGUGUUUGUCAUAUGUCAAAGAUGUGGUGUAAAUGUGUAACUCCAGCACUUGAUGUUGUACUUAUCAAAAUAAAAGUACCCCUUUUAGAUGUGUAUGCAAUAUUACAUACACAGUUCUAGUA